GCGACCUGUCCACCGUUUCACGUGACAGUGCCAACGCCCUGUCCUUCCAGUUCGAGGCGCCUCUAAAGGAGUUCACCCGCAUGAUGAAGUCAGUGCGGGCGGUGAUGGUGGACCGCACCAACGCGCUGUCCAUCCUCCAACAGGCCAAGGCGGACUUGGACGCUAAGCGUGUGAAGAUGAACAAGCUGAGGGGCACACCAGGGAUCAAGGAGGAGAAGGUGUUGGAGGCAGAACGUGAGCGAGACCAGGCGGACCUGAGGCUGAAGAACGCCAAGGCUGCCUACGAGACAAUUGUGGAGCGCAUGAACGAGGAGCUUGCGAGAUUCCAGAAGGAGCGGGCCGUGGAGAUGUCGCAGGUGCUGAGGGACUUCGCCCUGUCUCAGGCGCAGCUGGCGAGCGAGACAGCAAGGGCGUGGAGCUCUCUCGUCACCGAGUUGCAGCCUGCAGCCCCGGCUUGA